AUGGCCGGGGCUCUGCGGGGCCAAGGGAAGGAGGACCCCAGCAAAGGUGAAGAGGAUGCAAAAGGCAAAGAGGAAAGUUUCUCCAUGGACAGCGAUCUAGAUUAUAGCUCGGAUGACAACAUCCCCGGCCAGGCGGCUCACAAGGAAGAGGACUCUGGCAACCCGCUGGAGGAAAACCCCCAAAACCCUCCCAAUUCAGCCAACACCACGUCCACGGGCAAAAACCGCCGGAGGAGAACGGCCUUCACCAGCGAGCAACUGCUGGAGCUGGAAAAGGAAUUUCACUGCAAAAAAUACCUAUCCCUGACGGAAAGAUCCCAGAUCGCUCACGCCCUCAAACUCAGCGAGGUGCAGGUGAAAAUUUGGUUCCAGAACAGAAGGGCUAAAUGGAAACGGGUCAAAGCGGGCAACGCCAACUCCAAGACGGGGGAACCUUCCCGAAAUCCUAAAAUCGUGGUCCCCAUCCCGGUGCACGUCAGUAGGUUUGCCAUCAGGAGUCAGCAUCAGCAGCUGGAGCAAGCCCGACCCUGAGCUUCUUGCCCUACCGCUCAGAACCACAAGUUGGUUUUUUUUUUGAAGGGGGGAAAAAAAACAAAAAAACUUUCCGAAUGGGGGGUUUUAAAAGCGACCCGCCCGAAAAAGAAAUAAAUAAUAAUAAUUAAAAAAAAAGAAGAAGAAAAAAAAAGAACCCUAAAGCAAACAACAAGAAAAAAAAAAUUUAAAAAAAAAAUCCACAAAUCCCCACCAUGAGUGAACUUUGAAGUGAAACUUUCCACUUACCGAGUCAAGAAAAGAAAUCUGCGGAGAAAAAAAAGGCUUGGAAACUGUUUUGGUUCGGAGCAGGAAUUAUCGAUACUCUGGAAGAGAGACACAGAUAUUUAUUAUUAUGCUGCUUUUCCCCCCCCUCCAUCCCCCCCCCACUCCUACACACACACUUUGUACAUAACUCGUGCUGUUUUGGCUGCGAUGGGGACCCCAGAAGCGGUUCAGGUGUCGGCGCUGGAUCCAGCAGAGAUUUACCCCCCCCGUGUGUGUGUGUCCCCCCCCUCAACACCUCCCAAAAAUCCCCUUCCUCACCGCCAGAGACAUCCCCGGCGAAACCCGCAGCGCGCCCUUUAGCCAUCCUUUGGGGUUUUGGUUCUUACCGGGGGCGACAGGUAAAAAAAAAAAACAAAAAAAACCACAAAAACCCAAGCAAACAACAAAAAAAAGAGAGAACAAAAAACCCGAAAGAAAACCAAGAGUUUAAUUUCCUGCCUUUUUUUAUCGUUUGGUUUUAUUUCCGAUGGCUGAGCGGCGAGCGCUGGGGACCGAUUUUUUUUAUUUUUUUUUAAAUCUAUUUUUUUUGCCUGGUUUUCUGUCGAUUUGGUUUGCCUGUUCUACCAAGCCAUGUUUAAAAAAGAGAGAGA